AUGCCGACCAAGACACCCACGCAAUCUGACUUCCCUUCCAACCUCAGUAUCACCAUCACCCUCCCACCUUCCGCCUCUCCCUCCACACCAACACCGAACAUCCUCCUCCUCCUCCACGGAAUCGGCGACACGGCCGCAGGAUUCACCUCCUUCGGUCGUGCCAUAAACCUCCCCGAAACAACCGUCAUCACCAUCCAAGCUCCAGCCCCGCUCCCCUUCGACCUCGGCGGCUUCCACUGGGGCGACGAUGUAUCCUUCGACAGCCGGACCGGCGCGCUAGACAUGGACGCAGGAUUCGCGCGGAGUACAGCCCUCCUCGCAAACGAAGUUAUCCGGCAGACCCUUGUGGCGAAAUGCGGCUACCAGCUACGCGAAAUCAUGAUUCUGGGAUUCGGGCAGGGAGGCAUGGCAGGUCUAGCCGCGGCGCGGGAAUUAGGUAGCGCAGAUGGUAAGGAGAGCCAGGAGCGAGCUAGCGGGUCUCUUUCCGGCGUGAUUUCUAUCGGCGCGCCAUAUGCGCUGUCAGGCGCGCGGUCUGGCGCGAAGAAUCGUUCGCCGGUGUUGCUGCUUUCCGGGCGGGACUCGGAGGUUGUGUCUGAUGGGGCGGUGCGGAGGACGAAGGAGGUGUUUGAGUUCGUGGAGGUUAGUCGGUAUGCCCGCAGGGGGGAUGGGAUGCCUUCGAAUCGGGAUGAGAUGCUUCCUGUGAUGCAGUUCUUUGCUAGGAGGUUGCGUAGUCGACAGGGUGUGCCAGAGGGGAGUGUUGAGAUUGGAUGA